CGCGCCGGGAAGGCGGCAGGAGGGAGCGGGUCGGGCCGGGACUCAACGGGACCAGGACCGGGACCGAGCUCUGCUCGGCGGCGGCACGGCCCGACGGGCCGGGUGGCAGCCCCAUGGCCCUCUUCACCAGAGCCAGCAGCCAUCCUAAUACAACAGACCCCAUUCCCUGUGGGGCAAACAGCACCACAGAGCCUGAGCUGCCCCACUCACAUGCCUACUACGCCCUCUGCUACUGCAUCUUGAUUCUGGCCAUCAUCUUUGGGAAUGUGCUGGUCUGCUUGGCUGUGCUGAGGGAACGCACCUUGCAAACCACAACCAACUACCUCGUGGUGAGCCUGGCAGUGGCAGAUUUGCUGGUGGCUACUUUGGUGAUGCCAUGGAUGGUGUACCUGGAGGUGACCGGAGGGGUCUGGACGUUCAGCCGGAUCUGCUGCGAUAUCUUUGUCACCAUGGAUGUAAUGAUGUGCACAGCCAGCAUUCUAAACCUCUGUGCCAUCAGCAUUGACAGAUACACAGCAGUGGUGAAACCAGUUCAGUACCAGUACAGCACUGGGCAGAGCUCCUGCAGGAGGGUGUCUCUCAUGAUUGUGAUAGUCUGGAUGCUGGCAUUCGCAGUGUCAUGCCCUCUCCUCUUUGGCUUCAAUACUACAGGGGAUCCCAGUGUCUGUUCCAUAUCCAACCCUAGUUUCAUCAUCUACUCCUCUUUGGUGUCCUUCUACCUCCCCUUCAUGGUGACCCUGCUGCUCUAUGUCCGGAUUUACCUCGUGCUCAGACAGAGGCAAAAGAAGCGAACCCUCACCCAGCAGGGCAGCCAGAGCGCCAGCACCAAACCGUGUUAUGCACACCAAGAGCACAUGGAGAGAAAAGCUUUGCCGAGCAGAUGCCAAGGCACAUUCUCCCCCUGUCUCUCACUCAAAUGCACAGGCCAGGAGAUGUCUACAAAAAGGAGGUUGCUGACUGUCUUCAGCCUGCAGCGGUACCGAAGCUUCUGCCAUGAGCCAUCCCUCACCAAGGCACCAGGGCCUGCACUGAGCAGCAGGUGGGAAGAGAGGAGAAGGAGCACGAAGCCCACAGUGGAGGUACAGAGGCUCAGCAGUGGCAGAACCAUCAGCAGCCUGAGGCUGGCACAGCAGCAGCCCCGACUGAUCCAGCUGCGGGAGAGGAAAGCUACACAGAUGCUGGCAAUUGUCCUGGGGGCAUUCAUAGUCUGCUGGCUGCCCUUCUUCUUGAUCCAUAUCCUCAAUGCCCACUGCCCAUCCUGCCAUGUGCCUCCAGGGCUUUACAGCGCCAGCACCUGGCUCGGAUACGUCAACAGUGCCCUCAACCCCAUCAUCUACACAACCUUCAACACUGACUUCCGCAAAGCCUUCCUCAAGAUCCUCUGCUGCUGACUGCGGGGCCACAGCGGGCUGCACAGGUCUGCAGCAGCUGCCUGGGCUGGCACAAGGCAGUGGGGAGUGCCGUGCUGCCCUCAGCCACGAGCAGCGAUGGUCAGCCAGACGUGGUCAUUGCCGACAGCCAGGUACCCCCCAGGUACCCCCCCUGAAGAGCGGGAACACGCCCCACCUGCAUGGCUGCCUUCCCACACCGAGCCUCAGUGCUCCUGCCUGAGACAGUACAAGUGCUUCCCACUUCUGGGGAAGGAGGGAGGGAGGGGAAAAAGAGAGACAAACCAGUGAGUCCCUCAGUGCUGGGCACAGCUCCGGGUGUGCAGCAGAUCCGCCACCACAGUGCAUCCCUCCUGGGAGCUGCCAGGCUCGCGGGGCACACGGGACCCAAAUGCAGAUGGCAUCUCUCAUCUCUGCUGCCUCCAUGCUGGAAAUGCGUUUGCCCUCCCACAGCUGGAUCCUCAGCCUGCAGAAGGCACCCAGCUCAUGCACAGCAGUCCUAGCAAGAGGACAGAACAUGACCUCUUUGAUAAGGAUCCUGAUCUCUUCAGUCAGGAGCCAAGAGCAAAAAUUGGACAAGGAAACUCAGAAACAGAGCACUGAUGGAGAAAUAACAACUCUCCUGUUGUUUCCAUCAAAAGGUUUGCCUCGUAAGACUGGGUCAGUCUAAGUGCUUGAGAAAAUUGCCCUAGUUGCAAAUGAAAUCUUCCCUUGUGCUGCCAGCUUGUAUUUUACUGCUCCUUGCAAGAUAGAGAGGUGGCUGCCCUCCCUCUGGUAGGUCAGUUCACGUGAGAAGUGGAGCACUACCCCAGGGUCCCCUCUCCUCCUGACCCAAGGACCAGUGAUAGAUUGGCUGCUAACUACCACACACCCCAGUGAUCUACUGCGGCCACUGAGAGAACAAGGCCCGUGAUAGCUCCCAGAGUCUCAAACCUGUUUUUUCAGCUGGUUGCAUGCACCCUGUCUCAAAACCUGUUCACGGUCUCUUUGGAACCAAUUUUCACCCUUGCUCCUCUCCUGACAGGAGCACUGCUGACAGGUUUAGGGUUUGUACCACCUGGCUGCUGCAAUAACUCCUGGUACAAUCCAUACCUGGGGGAGAGCUGUUUCAUAACAUCUCUCCCAGUAAGAAGGGACAUUUGCCUUGGGAUCAGCCCCAGGACUCUCCCUGACACUCUUGUCCUCACAUACGGCAUCUGUAUAUCCCAGCAUCUAGGAGCUGGCCAAAUACAGCCUGGCCACAGUCUCCUUUCCCAGUAGUAUUUUACAAAGCCAUCUCCAAUAGUUCCUGGAUGAAAAAAACAGGCAAGUCCUGAUGUACCAGGCAAGCUAGUCUCAUGUCAGGGCACCCUAAUGCUCUUCCCCUCAUAUAGACAAACCUGGCAUGCGCCAGAGAGCCUCAAAUGGUUCUCUCAUUUUGCCCUCUUGCAGUACUGGAUCAGAGGCUUCAGCUCUCACUCCCAGGACUUGGCUUAGUUGUGCUGUCAGCCAUGCUCGUUUGGUAGCUUUGGUGUGCUCCUCCUGCCUGUGUCUGUGCCACAGCUUCUCCAUCUGGGAAGGGCUUCCUUUCUUUCCUAAUAUAAAGCCAAAGCCAUUGUCCUCUGCCUCCAGAGCACAUAGCAGAGCUCUAGCUGCUGCUUUGGUUUGUCUGGGUUUUGGGAGGAGGAUCUUGUGGAGAGCAUGUGUCAUUUGCCUGGGCAGGUGCCCUCCAUUCUGCAUUGUAACUGCCUUAACCCAAUAAAACACAAGUGUAACUGGAA